UCUCUCUCUCUCUCUUCCCUCACUCCCUGGCCACUGUCUUUUUAGCAAACAGCUUGUAGUCGCUCCCUACCAUUCCCCUCCAAUCGUUGAAACAAUGGCAUGCAAGGUUCCGGCCAUCCGAUGGACCAAGGAGAUAACCCCAGCCCAGGUGCUACAACUGAUCCGAGCCGAGCCAGAUCCCCGGAAGGCUCUCCUCAUCUUUGAUUCCGCCACCGCCGAAUACCCCUCGGGCUUCCGCCACGAUCUCCCCACGUUUUCCCUCAUGGCCACCCGCCUCGCCGCCGCCGGCCUCUUCCCUGCCGCGGAGUCCCUACUCGAACGCGUUCCCUCCGAUUUUGGCGGGCCGCCUUCCGAGGCCUCCUUCCUCGCCCUCCUCCGCGCCUACGGCCGGGCGCACCGCCCCCUCGACGCCCUUCGCCUCUUCCGCCAGGCUCCCACACGCUUCCGCCUCCACCCCUCCCACCGAUCCUACACCGCUCUCCUCGCGGUCCUCGUCGCCGAGAACCGCCUUGCCCUCGCCCGUGGCCUCUACAACCACAUGCGCGAGGCCGGCGUCCCCCCCACUGUCGCGUCCUACAACGUCCUCCUCAAGGCCCUCUGCAGCGCCGCCACAUCCGCAGCCGCCGGGUCCGUCGACGCCGCCCUCCGCGUCUUCCGCCGGAUGCCCGACCGCGGGUGCCCGCCGGAUUCUUGCUCGUAUAACACUCUUAUCGACGGGCUCUGCAAGAUCGGGAGGGUCGACGAGGCCCGGGAGCUCUUCCAGCAGAUGGAUAGCAAUGGUUGCUCUCCUACCGUCGUCACCUACACCGCUCUAAUCCAUGGCCUAUGCCGUUCUGAUCGUUUGGAUGAAGCAUUGAACAUGUUCGGCGAAAUGAGUCAGAGAGGCGUUGAUCCGAAUAUAAUCACCUAUAGCUCCCUGGUGGAUGGACUUUGUAAAGGAGGGCGGUCGCUGAAGGCUAUGGCUUUGCUUGAUGGGAUGGUUGCGGAGUGUUGCCCGCCAAAUACGAUCACCUAUAGCUCUAUCAUCAAUGGGCUUUGUAAAGAAGGAAGGCUUCAGGAGGGGCUGGAGGUUUUGGAUAGGAUGAGGCUCCAGGGGAGGAAGCCUGAUGCUGGAUUGUAUGGGAAGCUCAUCAAGGGUCUGUGUGCUUCUGGCCGGUUUCAGGAAGCUGCAAACUACUUGGAUGAAAUGGUGCUUAGUGGAAUUGCACCAAACCGUGUGACAUGGAGUCUCCAUGUGCGGAUUCACAAUAUGGUGGUGGUGGGGCUGUGCACAAAGAGGGAGUCAACCAGAGCCUUUCAGGUAUAUCAGAGCAUGAGAACUCGGAGCAUUUCUACUGAGCCGGAGACAUUCCAUUUUCUAGUAGAGUGUUUCUGCAAGAAGGGUGAUGCGCACAAAGCUGCACGUAUUGUUAGUGAGAUGCUGGUCGAGGGGUGUGCACCUAAUCAGGAUACAUGGAGAAUCAUCAUGGGUGGAUACUGGGAAAGGAGGAAGGUCCGGGAAGCAGCUGAACUGAUAUGGGAUCAGCUGGUGGUGGAUUAGUGUCUCAGGUCUUCAAGAGCAAUCUUUUCCUCUGUUUUGUCCACCGCGGAGGCUGUGAUGCUUGCCAUCCAGAAAAGCUUUGGAUUUUUAAUUCUGCAUUCAUGUUGCAUGCUGCGGACAAUAAAAGGAAUCUACUGAACAAUCUAUGACCAACCUCAGGACCCGCAAACCCUACUUCAAGGACUACAACGGGUGGUGGUGGGAAAAAACAGCAUACUGCCCAAAACUCCGAUACCAAUCGGCAGUGAGGUGAGAACCUCCGAUACCAAUCGGCAGUCGAUAAAGCAAGCAACAGCCGCAAAAACCAGCAUCGACAUGAAUGCAUGGACGAAAUUUGUAUGAAUUUAAUCCUAUAGUUGAUUGCAAUAUCUGGAGCAAGGGGUGCAGUUCCGUCGACGAUCCACAAGCCUCUCUGAAGGUCGCCAGCCCAUUACAUCAGUGAAGCUCUGGAAGAAGAAGCCUGACAGAUCGUCAAUCCAUAGAGAGCUACGAGGGCAGCGGUCGGAAACCGGUUCAUGGGAUCACAGUGGCCUUGGUUGGUGAAGAUGGGGGACGGGACUUGGAAGGCAAGAACGGUGCUGGUCAGGAGGUUUGCAAGAUGGGUGGUGCUUCUGAAGGUUUGGCUCAUCGCUUUCUGUAUAAGAGAUUUCCGAUCAUCGUCGGAUGAUUUUCUGAAAGCCAUCCCCACGUUCAAAGUGUGCUGGGUAUCUAUAUUAGGAAGGGAAGGGGAAGAGGGGAGGAAGCAGGGUGGUGGAAGGGAGGGUUGGCUGCGACAUGCAUGGCGUUCAAGGAAGGGGAACUGAAACUGGUACUGGCUGCGAAGCAAACGUUUUGAAAUAAUUGAGUUCUGGUUACUUGUUGGAGGUGGGUAUGAUUUUUUUUCCAUAUCAACUGCUUCCUUUGGGCAAUGACCUUCGUGCAACUGAGAUCAAGAGAAACGUGCCGGAAAGAAGGGCUCUACUAGUUUAGUUUAUUUUUUGGACGUUGUUAUCGGAAUUUUGGGUUGUUGCCUUUCCGGCCAUCUUAAAAGCUGUAAGUUGGGCUAUUUGGUCACGCGAGAGAGCUGCUGGACUCUUAUUGAUGGCUUUGUAAGAUUGGCACGCUGAAGGCAUCGGCUCCAGGCGCCAACUUUCGUAAGCAGGCUGGAUUUUGGGUGGGGCUUGGCCAACCUCUACUCAGUUCCGGGAAUUAGGUGGCCAACCUCACUUGAUGGCAUCAAUCAUUUAAGAUUAGGAUAAGUGCAAUCAUAACCAUUGUUGUGUUAUGUGAUUUGCAACGAACGGACCAUGAUCUGGAGUUCGUACAUCAUCUAGGAUAAGUGAGAUGAGUGGCAAAUGUCCCUGCAGGAUAUGAUGUUCAGAAAGGUUUGGCAUGAAAGUGUAUGUUGGACCCAUGGUUUCAAAUUGCCUGGAUUAUAUCUUAAAUAGGUGAUAUAGUCUCUAAACAAAAAUUUGAAGCCAUCUAUGGUUCCAUAUGCCUCAUAAUGUCAUACACAGACAGCAUACCAUAGUAUAUGGUAUUCAACUUAGUGA